CUCCCCCUCGCCACCACACUUUACACACAUACGCCAUCCCGCUGAGACUGCGUAUGAUGCUUUCUGUGAGCCCGGGUUGUCCGUCUGAAGUGAAGACCAACGAAGAUGAAUGAGACAGGAGCUAUCCGAAAUGAAAAGAUUGAAUCAUUAUGCAGAUAAAGACGCGGCGAUGCACAGUGCAUGUAACUAUACAAUCGGCGACACACACGCGUCCAUUUAUAUGCCUUCCCUGUUAGCGCAUUGUGCUAACUCGCAAUUUUGAAGAAGAGUAACCAUAAUAUUCUGACAGUGUGUGAAAAAAGGCGUUUCAUAUAUUUCUGCGCUUUAGGAAAGAAGGACAUGCCCCAAUUUUUGAGGAUGCGUUAAGAAACGCAGGAACAUUAUUCAAUCAGUAGUUCAGAAUACACUAAACGAGGAAUCUGGGUCAGUUUAAUUCCUCUGCAUCACUAAGGACUAUGGCUCCGUUGCAAGCAGCAAUUGUUAUUCUUCUACAAUUGAUGCUCCACCAGGCCGCGGGCCGCGAGGUCCUCCUGCCCUUGGGCACCCUGUACCGCGUAGCGGGCUUCCCGCUCUCCCUGCCCUGCGCGGUGACGGGCUACGAGGGCGCCCGCACGCAGGACUUUGAGUGGUUCCUGUACAGGGAGGACGCCAACGGGAGGCAGAUGGGCAUCGUGUCCACCCGGGACCAGGGCUUCCCCUACGCCCCCUACCAGGGCCGGGUGCGCAGCGGCGAGGUGAGGGUGGAGCGCGACUCGGGGGACAAAGCCCGGCUGGUGGUGCAGCGUCUGCGGCCCGAAGACCAGGGGAAGUACGAGUGCUACACGCCCAGCACGGACACCUCCUACCAGGGGAACUACAGCGCUUCAGUGGUCGUCAAAGUGAUACCAGACACACUCCAGAUCAGCUGUACCCGCGCGCUGACCGGACAGCCCCUGCCGGAGGGGGCGGGGCUUACCUUAACGUGUUCGGCCGGCGUUCAAUCCAAGGAGCACACCCACCUGUCCAUCAUGUUCGGGAAACGCGGCGGCGAUUCGGGAGGCGGGGAAGGGGGCGACGUCAGCACCCUCCGAGAGAUCAUCGCCCUGGACCGGGUGCUGGGUGUCACGCCCGGGUCCAGCCAGGCCUACAGGAAGCGCUACGAGGACGGCGAGAUCACACUGGAGAAGAGGAACGGCGCCGCCGGCGUGGACACGUACGUGGUGCGGAUGCGCGCGGUGAAGCCCGAGGACUCUGGGUCGUACUUCUGCGAGGCGGCGCAGUGGAUCCUGGACCCCGACGGCUCUUGGCAGAGGAUCGCACAGAGGACCUUGGAGAUCGGCAACCUGACCGUCCAGCGGCUCUCCGAGUCCAUGACUGUGACAUCCACUCCCAGCGGCCGGGUCAGCCUGCAGGCUGGAUCUCCGCUCACCCUCACCUGCCAGGUGUCCGGGCUGCCCGGCGGAGGGACCUCCGGCCUGCUGGUCCAGUGGCUGAAGAGGGGCUCUCUCCCUGGCGAUGCUGUUGCUGCUGGAGCAGGAGGAGUGGAGGUGGAGGUGGCGCGCAUGGGCCCGGACGGGGUGGUCAGCUGGGGCGACGACCUGAGCCGGGGCACCGGGGGGGCUCUGGAGCUGGUGACGGAGGGCAGCUACGCCCUGAGGCUCUUCUCCGCCCGCCCCUCCGACUCCGGCGUGUACCGCUGCGCCGUGAGCGUCUACGCCGGCCGCAAGAACCCCGCCCCCUCGGCGCCCGCCACCUUCUCUCAGAGGUCAGAGGGCGUCAGCGUCAACCUCAAGACCAAAGAAGUGCUGGUGUCGGCCGUGGCCCAGCUCCCGCGCGGCCCGCUGCUCAAACGCGGCAGCACAGUCACCCUCCUCUGCAACGUUACCGUGACGACCACGGGCCCCGCCCAGGUGCAGGUCCUGUGGCUGCGGCGGCCGAUCCCGGAGCCGCUCAUCACCAAAGGGGACCCGGCGGACGCCGCCGCCCUGCUCCCCGCGGGGCCCCCCAGCGCGGUGGCCGCCCUGACAUACCAGGGCAUGGCCCAGCUCUUCACCAACGGCAGUGAGGUGAGCGUGGACCGCGUGUCCGCCGUCACCUACAGGCUGAGGGUCCACGCCGCAUCGCUGGAGGACCAGGGGCUGUACGUGUGCCGGGCGGAGGUGUGGGGGCAGGACCCCCACGGGGGGUGGUACAACACCCAGGCUAGAGACGAGUCACCCGCCGUCACGGUGUACCUGUAUGCCCGAGCGGCUGAUCUUCUACUGAUACCACUGGUUAUCGGAGUGUCGUCUGCCCUGUUUGUGGGCAUCGUCGUCAUCUCCACGAUAACCUGCUGUUUCAUGAAUCGACUCGCCAGGCAGCGGCCUGUGAAAUAAGUGACGCAUACGACUGCCUGAGCAAAAAAAACACGAUGCCCCAAGACUUUUUGGCUCCUGUGGGUGCAAAGGAAAGCGAUGCAAGGGACACAUUGUGUAUAGGAUGACAAAGACAUUUUUGAGAAUUUAUUGAAUUUGUGGAAAUAGUGAAUGUCUUCAUGUGGCGCUGUCAGAUGAACAAGGUACUAAUUGCAUGGAAAGGAAAACAAUUAUCAAUGGAUAAAGACAACAAGAAAACGCCCAGUCAAAAGUAUAAACAGGUUGAUUUCUGCUUACACAUGCUAAACAGUGACUGGAAAAAUAUUGUGUGUCAGGGAUCUUGCUGUCUUGAAAAAUUACAAUUUUCACAUUAUUGGUGUUUUUUCUCUGAGCCGUUGAUAUUGAAUGUGAACCGCAUGUUAUUUCAGGACAGUACCAACAUGUCUGAAUGGUACUUGGGUGCAUUUAAUCCGCCCGCUCAGCCCCUGGCAGACAGUUGCAUUGAGGCUAAUGCGAGCAGGACAGCUUUCUCGAAAGCCUGGUCAGGACAGGGACAUUCCGCUGCCAGCACUGCGCUGCAUACAAACACAAGCUUAGGUCUGACUGAAUAACGAAGGAGCUGUCCAGAGAGUCACUCGAAUCUGAACGCCACUCGAAUGACGAUUUUGUGAAAAAACAUUCCCUGCCACUAGGGCCAAAGGCUGUAGUUCAUUUUCUUUACUUGCUUGUUAGUUUUAUGAAAUGCAUAUGAUGCACUGCUGUCAGAUAUUGAAAUACAGGCGUUUAUUUUUCAUGUACAAAACUCGAGACCCUACACUGAAGUUGCCAUAAUAUUUUCUCAGAAGAGGUUUUAAUGUUCUUAACUUUCACAGCACUUUGACCAAAUUUGGACACAUGCCAUGUCUCUUGUUCUUGUGAAGUGACUGAGACGGAGCAAAAAAAAAAGAAGGAAAUGCAGUGAAACUGAGUUCCGGAGCUUUAGUACUAAACAGAUAAGAGCGUUAGUGUUUUGUUAUAGUGUGGCUACGUCGUCUUGGUAACUCGGUUAGGAGGAGUCAUAACCGACUGAUGACUGGUCACAGUUCAGUGUGGCUUGCCGUAAUAGGCUGCAUCACGUCACCAAGCAUGCGCUCUAGCUGAGCGUCGCUCAGUGCCAAGACCCGUCACUGCUCUGUGCUGGGACCUGUCCCAUGAAGAGAUACAGUGUUGUGUUGGAACACUUAAUGGUUCUGUUUUCUCCCAAUUUGUUCAGUUAAGUUGAAGCGUGUCUCUGUUCAUUCCUUUAAAAGACGCCUGGUCUCCCUCUCUUCUUCUAUUGGUCUCUCUACCCUGCCUAACCUCUCUAAGGCCUGACAAUAUUCCAAAUGUUAUUAAUGAACAUUAUUGAGAUCAAAUCAGACCACCGCUUGCUGCCAGGGAUGCUCUUGGAUAAACCAGCCAAAGCUGAUUUGCACCACGCACGCAUGCACACUCACACACACAGCAGUGCCCGAUUCUGUACUGGCUGAUAUUUUUGCUAUGGAAGUACCUAGACUAUGUGAAAAUACACUGAUCCCUAAUCCCAGUGGUUCUCGUCUCACUGUGCCCAUCCCCCAUUCUUCCGCUGUAUUACUGUUCGGAGCUUCUCAUUUAAGCCUCUGUCCCCAUGUAAACGCAGCUGCCACCCCCGCUCGACAUUCUCCUGUAUUCUGUUGCACUAAGUCAUGUUACAAGGUCAUCACAUGUUUGAUGUACACAUUUGUUGUGCUCUGUUUAAAAGGUUAGUAACCACUAAUGAAGGUGUUGUGUUUCGCUUUUUACCACUUUUUUUUUUGUUUGUUUUAAAGCCAUUAACAAAUGCAGUUCAUGGAUGUGUUCAUCUGUUACUUAUGGUGCUGUGGCAAUAAACUGCCAUUUAAUAUUUCAAUUAAAAAAAGCUUAAAACAGUA